AUGCGGCAAUUUGGGGUUCGUUCUAUUGCGUUGCUACUCACCGGUGGGGCUACGCGUGCUGUCUUCUUUGUGAGCGAGAUGCGGAAUGCGGCAGGGUGCAGGUGCCGGCUCUUGAGGGCCCAAGCGGUGCAGAAAGUGUACCAAGCAAACCUGGCAACAUUUCUGGUGCACCUGCUGCAGUUCCUGCAGAAUGGACACCCGACUCAUCACGUUGCGCUGCCGAGCUUUUGA